UAUUCCUGGUGGAUUGUUCUUUUAUUUCUUCCUGAAAUGCCUGGUAUUGCCGUUGCGAAUCUUCUCUGAGUCUGAAGCGUCCUGCCUGACAGGUUUGCUCGCACUCACCCAUGCCUUCCCUCAGUCCCUCUCAUCUCGCUUAGAUUCCGUCUCAUCAGGACCCAGUGACGUGAACUUGGGAGGAGGCGGCACCGGGCAUGGGCCUGGGAAGGGCUCACACCAGACAUGGAUGGAGACGGGGUGAGGGUCCCGUGGUGUCAGGGCUGUUGGGCAGCAGGGAUUGUUCAGGGGUCACAUCUGGAUGCACUGUCAGCUCUGUGCAAACCAUGAUAACAGAAGCUGCCCAUGAAGUCAGGUAUUACUGUGCACAAGCACCUGCUCACUAGCGUAGAAUAAGAACACUAAGAGGAAAGCUUUCCUGCCUCAUUUUUAGUGCAUUUGAGGCCGAACAAGUGAGUCAUUGUGUUUCCGACUCCAAACUCAUAAAGAAUGGGAACGGAAUGGAAAAUUUAGACGCUGAUAUUGGAAUUAGAUGAUUCUUUCAUUCCAUCAUCCAGUUUAAUGUAUGACAUCAACAUAAAUGGGUAACAAGAUUCAUUAAACUAGUCUCAGAAACUCUAUCCCAUGGAGACUGUGAUGCUCUUACAAGAAGCUUUGUCCGUCGGGUAUUGCAGGUGAGAAUGGUAUAUGGCAGAACAACCUUGCCGUUAGAGAGACUGGAACUGUAUUUUUGUUUUACCGGUUAUGAGUCAACAUUUCGUUUCUUUUAUUUUAAACAUGGCAUCAUGUAUAUAUUUGUUUUAUAGUGAAACAAUACAUUUAUGCGCCAAGAGGUAAAGCAUCCCUUUUCCUGUCCAGCCUUCCACCCUCCCUCACAUCUCAGUGGGAAGCCACUGUUCUCAGUUGUGUGGGAAGGGUCAGUGCGAGUCCUGUAGAAAUGUAUUUUGACAUCAUUAUGAGAUUUCAACAAAUUCCUCAGUGAAUGUUUGGUUGUGUUAUGUUAACCUGCAAGUUUUGAACAUUGACAUGUUUUCGUGUUAGGAAACAGGAGCUCACUUUUCUACAUCCUUGUCGGAGCAUUCUGGGAAUGAAGACAGGUACGGUUGACAUUUAGGGAUGUGGCCAUAGAAUUCUCUCAGGAGGAGUGGAAAUGCCUGGACCCUGCUCAGAGGACUCUAUACAGGGACGUGAUGUUGGAGAACUACUGGAACCUGGUUUCUCUGGGACUGUGUCAUUUUGAUAUGAAUAUUAUCUCCAUGUUGGAGGAAGGGAAAGAGCCCUGGACUGUGAAGAACUGUGUGAAAAUAGCAAGAAAACCAAGACUGCGGGAAUGUGUCGAAGGUGUGAUCACAGAUAUCCCUCCUAAAUGUACAACCAAGGAUUUGCUACCAAAAGAGAAGAGCAGUACAGAAGCAGUAUUCCACACAGUGAUGUUGGAAAGACACGAAAGCCCUGACAUUGAAGACUUUUCCUUCAAGGAACUUCAGAAAAAUAUGCAUGACUUUGAGUGUCAAUGGAGAGAUGACACAGGAAAUUACAAGGGAGUGCUUAUGACCCAGAAAGAACGUAAAAGAGAUCAGCGCGACAGAAGAGACUUAGAAAACAAGCUUAUUAACAAUCAGCUGGGAGUAAACUUUCAUUCGCAUCUGCCUGAACUGCAGCUAUUUCAAGGUGAAGGGAAAAUGUAUGAAUGUAAGCAAGUUGAGAAGUCUACGAACAAUGGUUCCUCAGUGUCACCACUUCAACAAAUUCCUUCUAGUGUCCAAACCCACAGGUCUAAAAAAUAUCAUGAACUUAACCAUUUUUCAUUACUCACACAAAGACGAAAAGCAAACAGUUGUGGAAAACCUUACAAGUGUAAUGAAUGUGGCAAGGCGUUCACUCAGAAUUCAAACCUUACAAGUCAUAGGAGAAUUCAUAGUGGAGAGAAGCCUUACAAAUGCAGUGAGUGUGGCAAAACCUUUACUGUUCGUUCAAAUCUAACUAUUCAUCAGGUCAUCCAUACUGGAGAGAAACCUUACAAAUGUCAUGAGUGUGGCAAGGUCUUCAGGCACAAUUCAUACCUUGCAACUCAUCGGCGAAUUCAUACUGGAGAGAAACCUUACAAGUGUAAUGAGUGUGGAAAAGCCUUUAGAGGACAUUCAAACCUAACUACCCAUCAGUUAAUUCAUACUGGAGAAAAACCAUUCAAAUGUAAUGAAUGUGGCAAGCUCUUCACUCAAAAUUCACACCUUAUAAGUCAUUGGAGAAUUCACACUGGAGAGAAACCUUACAAGUGCAAUGAGUGCGGCAAAGCCUUCAGUGUUCGUUCAAGCCUAGCUAUUCAUCAGACAAUCCACACUGGAGAAAAACCUUACAAAUGUAAUGAAUGUGGCAAAGUCUUUAGGUACAAUUCGUACCUCGGAAGGCAUCGGAGGGUUCAUACUGGUGAGAAACCUUACAAGUGUAAUGAAUGUGGCAAAGCCUUUAGUAUGCAUUCAAACCUAGCUACCCAUCAGGUCAUCCAUACUGGAACAAAACCUUUCAAAUGCAAUGAAUGCAGCAAGGUUUUCACUCAAAAUUCACAACUUGCAAAUCAUCGAAGAAUUCAUACUGGCGAGAAACCUUACAAGUGUAAUGAGUGUGGGAAAGCCUUCAGUGUUCGUUCAAGUCUGACUACCCAUCAGGCAAUCCACUCUGGAGAGAAACCUUACAAAUGUAUUGAAUGUGGCAAGAGCUUCACUCAAAAAUCACACCUUAGAAGUCAUCGGGGAAUUCAUUCUGGAGAGAAACCUUACAAGUGUAAUGAAUGUGGGAAAGUCUUCGCUCAAACGUCACAACUUGCAAGGCACUGGAGAGUUCAUACUGGAGAAAAACCUUACAAGUGUAAUGACUGUGGCAGAGCCUUUAGUGAUCGUUCAAGCCUAACUUUUCAUCAGGCAAUACAUACUGGAGAGAAACCUUACAAAUGUCAUGAAUGCGGCAAGGUUUUUAGGCACAAUUCAUACCUUGCAACUCAUCGGCGAAUUCAUACGGGAGAGAAACCUUACAAGUGUAAUGAGUGUGGCAAAGCCUUUAGUAUGCAUUCAAACCUAACUACCCAUAAGGUCAUCCACACUGGAGAGAAGCCUUACAAAUGUAAUGAAUGUGGCAAGGUCUUCACUCAAAAUUCACACCUUGCAAAUCAUCAAAGGACUCACACCGGAGAGAAACCUUACCGAUGCAAUGAGUGUGGGAAAGCCUUCAGUGUUCGUUCAAGCCUAACCACCCAUCAGGCAAUCCAUACUGGGAAAAAACCUUACAAAUGUAAUGAAUGUGGCAAGGUCUUUACUCAAAAUGCGCACCUGGCAAAUCACCGAAGAAUUCAUACUGGAGAGAAACCUUACAGGUGUACAGAGUGUGGGAAAGCCUUUAGGGUAAGGUCAAGUCUAACUACCCAUAUGGCAAUCCACACUGGAGAAAAACGUUACAAAUGUAAUGAAUGUGGCAAGGUCUUCAGGCAGAGUUCAAAUCUUGCAAGUCAUCACAGAAUGCAUACCGGAGAGAAACCUUACAAAUGAGUGUGGUGAGGUCAUUAGGUACAAUUCACUCUUUUCACAUCAGUUAAUUCAUUCUUGACAGAAUCCUUACAAAUGCAGUGACAGUGGCUAAUCCCUCAUGGGUUGAAGCAUUAAUAGAUACGAGAGGCCGUAAGCAAGAGACAUCAUGUAAACAUGUGGCAGAGGGUUUAUCCAGGCCUCGCAGGUUACUAAGCAUCAAAAUUUAUAUCUUUGAUGAAACCAAACAAAUGUAAUAUGCAUCCUUAGGCCAUUACCCAGUGACUGACGGUAAGUGAGAAUUCCUAUGAGGAAUAAGUCUCUGGUUUCCCUGUUUGCCUUUGAUAUUAUACACUGUAGAAUACUCACCAGUCCAAAUAUGCUAAAAAUUAUAUUUUUUAACUCAUAUAUGAAAAGAUUGCAGGAUAUUUGUAGGCAGUCAGUUACCUUCACCUUAUGAAAUGUUUUAUUGAGUUAUUUAAGGUUUUUUGGAAAGCCUGCUGUUGAGUUUCAAUGUGAACUUUGAAAUCUGUUAUUGUGCAUCCUUACACACCUUCCAUGGUGGUUUCUUGGAAAGAUCAUUGGGAUGGAAGGAUCAUCGAUUGGGUGAAGAUCAUUAAUUAGGUGAAGGAUUAUUUCUAUCCAAUUUGUGAAGAAGGAGGACUUUGCUUUUAAAAUCAAGUAUUGUCGGAAUUAGCAUUUGGGAGUGGCAAAAAACAAUGUAAAACCAUGAUGUCACUCACCAUUCUUAUAAUGUUCAGGGUGCCUUUCUCCUACCAGGAGAGUACUGUGGCUUAGAAGAAAGAAAUGGUCUAUCAACUGAACAUGAAAUGGAGCAGGCCAAGACCCUAGGACAUUGGGAUUUUUGUGGGAGGAGAGUAAUAGGUAAUUAGACACUGAUUGUGUGGUAGAAAUACUGCAGGGGAAAAGGUCGCCCCCUUAUCCAUUAAAGAGCAAUACCUGUUGUUUAGCAAAGAGUGAUGAAAAAUUGAUCUUGUUUUUGAAAUUGAAGAGAGAGGCCAGGCGCAGUGGCUCACACCUGUAAUCCCAGCACUUUGGGAGGCUGAGGUAGGUGGAUCACCUGAGGUCGGGAGUUUGAGACCAGCCUGACCAACAUGGAGAAACCCCAUCUCUACUAAAAAUACAAAAUUAGCUGGGCAUGUUGGUAGGUGCCUGUAAUCCCAGCUACUUGGGAGGCUGAGGCAGGAGAAUCGCUUGAACCCGGGAGGCGGAGGUUGUGGUGAGCCAAGAUCAUGCCAUUGCACUCCAGCCUGGGCAACAAGAACAAAACUCCAUCUAAAAAAGAAAGAAAUUGAAGAGAGAGUAGUCAGAGUGAAGAGUUUAAUCAACAGAAGUAGAGUAACAUAUUCUUUAGUAGAACUCACAUUAUCUGCUUAAAGCACACUUUGCUAAUGUUUUAUUCAGAAUGUAUCAUAGAUAUAAUGUUUUAACUAAUAAAAUAGAAUGGUUUUUCUCUAUGAAUGAAUCACAUUCUUUCUGCCAACAUAGUUUUAUCCUGUCUCAGUAGGAUACUUCAUAACAUAAUAACAAUGCACCACUAGACUCUUAAAGGAUCAAGAACAAUUUUUUUCAUGGUGAAAUCAAAUAACACAGUUUUGGAAACCUAUAACCACAUUUUGCGCUUGAAUUAUGUGCCCCACACUGUGGCUUAGGAUACUUUUGGGGGUAUAAUGAAAAUCUUACUGAAAGUUAAUUUCACAUUCUUACACCCCAAAACCUGCAUUGCCAUUGAUGCAUAUGCACCAUAUUAUUAUAUUUCCACAUCAGUUUCUUGUAUGCCAAGUAAGACCUAUGCUAUGCAUCUUUUUUUCCAUGAAGUGAAAAUACAUAGUAAGAAUAUGGGAAAUAAAAGUUAGGCCAGGCACGGUGGCUCACGCCUGUAAUCCUAGCACUUUGGGAGGCCAAGGCAAGCAGAUCACCCGAGGUCAGGAGAAACCAGCCUGGCCAGCAUAGUGAAACCCCUUCUCUACUAAAAAUACAAAAUUAGCUGGGCUUAGUGGCGCAUGCCUGUAGUCCCAGCUAUUUGGGAGGCUGAGGCAGGAGAAUUGCUUGAACCUGGGAGGUGGAGGUUGCAGUGAGCUGAGAUCAUGCCAUUACACUCCAGCGUGGGCACCAAGAGCGAAUCUCGGUCUCAAAAAAAAAAAAAAAUUUUUUUUUAAAGUUGGCCAGGCAUGGUGGCUCACGCCUGUAAUGCCAGCAGUUUGGGAGGCUGAGGCAGGUAGAUUACUUCAGGUCAGGAGUUCAAGACCAAACUGGCCAACAUGGUGAAACCCCAUCUCUACUAAAAAUACAAAAAAGUUAGCCAGAUGUGGUGGCGCACGCCUGUAAAUCCCAGCUACUUGGCAGGCUGAGGCAGGAGAAUGGCUUGAACCCAGGAGGCAGGGGCUGCAGUGAGCUGAGAUUGCGCCACCGCACUCCAACCUGGGCAACAAGAGCAAAACUGUCUCAAAAAAAAAAGUGGAGAAUAAAAAUAAAACCUCCUUCAUGAUGUUCUUGGAAUAUUGAUAUAAUUUGAAAAGAUUAAUGUUCGUGAGUUUCCUCUUAAGAGUGAAUAUAGAAAAUGAGAGUUUUGUUUUGGGAGAUAAACUAGGAACAUGUAUGUUUGCUUAUCACACACAGGCAUGACUCUCCCAUAACCUGUUGAGUAUGUUUACUUAAUAUUCAACAUACUGCUAUUCAGCAUAAAUUCCUGCAGCAGCUUUCCUCCUCUGAACUACCUGUGUUGCUUCUGGUAGAGACCAUGCUUCCCACCCUGCCAGAUGGCUAGCCUGCAGGCUGUGACCCUUUGUAAGAAACAAAGGUCUCCUUGCUAAAAUUAGACAUUUUUUGACCUUUUUGGUCAAUGCUGUUAAGGGUUUCUUGGUGGACACACUGCGGCAUCCUGAAGCAAUGUGGCACAUCAUUGUGAGAGUGCUGAGUAUACUGUUUGCUCAGGUCUCUCUUCUUCCUAUAAAACCAUCACUUCUGUUCCCAUGAUAACACAGUCCAUUAAUCUGUGCAUGGAUUGAUUCAUUCAUGACAGCAGAACUCUCAUGAUCCAGUGACCUCUUAAAGGCUCCACCUCUCAAUAUGGCCACACCGGGGACCAAGUUUCCAAAUGAGUUUUGUUGGGGAUAUUCAAACCAGAGGAGUAUUGUAUUUUAUUUUCAAUUUCCAUGUAUUAAUUGCUAGUAUAUAGAAAUAAAGUAGUUUUUGUAUGUUAA